AUGCUUUUUGCAUUGUCGGAGGGCUGCGAGUGUGAGACUGUUGCAUCUUUGCGGCAGUUGAUAUACCAUUGUCAGACUGGUCUCGAGGCGGAAGCUAUCACCAGGCUUCAGAGCCAGGUCAAAGAGCUUUCUGGCAAACUGGCAGACGCUCGUCAUCAGGAGCAGCAGUGGGCCUGCAUUGCCAAGCGGCAGCGCGCGUACCUGCAGCACAGUGAAAGACUUUCGCAGGAAGGCAUGCAGAUCUUGAGGAGGCAUCCUGCAGGUGAGGUGUUCCUCGCACCCCCACCCGUCUUCCUGGAUGAUGAGGAUAUCAGGGAUGAACCUGUGUGGGAUGUUGGAACCGGCAGGACCAGCAGUGGCGGAGAUGUACAUUGCAAUCCCUACGUCAUCGAUUCUUGGCCUUUUGAGCCAAAUGUCCUCGCAGCACGUGCGUCAGUGCAGCCGAAUCUCAACCAGUGGGACGAGGGCGAUGAGGACUACGAUGAUGUAGAUGAGGAUCUAGACGAGGAUGAUCCGCAAUGGCAAUGGGAUGAGCGCAUGGCUCCGGAUGAGGAGACCUCGAGCUUGGAGCCGGAGCAUGCGAUGAAGGCUCCCGUUGGUCGAGGUGCAACCUUGCCGCCACUGACGGUUCCGGUUGGAGGGGCAUCUGCCAGAAGUCUGUGA